AAAGUAAUGCAAUCGAAAUAACAUGAAAAGUGCUCUAUAAACAGAACAUUUAGUCAAAGCUAUAUUCUUCAAUUUCGACACAAAAACAGCCCGCUGCGAUACAGCAUGCUUCACGACAGUGUCGCAAAUCAUGAUGCAACUUUACUGAUGGAAACGAGCCCGCGGACGGAGUAUUGUUUACACUCUUGGGGGGCCAACAGCUCCGGGCAGCUGGCCCAGGGCCACGUGGAGGACCUGUCCGAGCCGCAGCGCCCUGACGCCGCUGCCCUCAAACACCGGGCUUUACGGGCUCUCAGCGGCGGCGGGGGUCACACGGCGGCCGUCACCGAAAAUGGAGAGGUGUUUGUGUGUGGACAGAAUCACAGAGGCCAGCUGGGACUUGGCCACAAUGCAGAUGUCUCAACUUUUCAACUCUGCCCCAGUCUGAAUCAGAGGGUCACACAAGUCGUCUGCGGUUGGGAUUUUACUCUUCUUCUCAAUGAUUGUGGUCGAGUAUUAGCAUGUGGCUCCAACGCUUACGGACAACUCGGUGUUGGACAACACAUCACACACUCGGCAGAUUUACUGGUCAUUGAGAGUCUGGAGGAGCCCGUUGUGAGUGUAGCAGCAGGACUCCGACAUUCGCUCGCUGUUACUGACUCAGGCUGUGUAUAUCAGUGGGGUAGUGGUCUUUUCAGUCAUGCUAAGAGAGCCCUCGGUCCACGUUCUGUCCCCUCACACCUCAGCUCUCCGGUGCCCUCUCUGGUACCAGGUUUGGAUCAGAAGAUCUCACACAAGGUGACUGCAGGCUUGGCUCACUGUGUGUGCCUUACAGGAGACGGUGAUUUAUUUCUGUGGGGAAGCAACAAGCGUGGCCAGCUGACCACGACGGAGCCCUUCCUGUCCUCUCCAACGCUUGUGAAGCGCUCACUGCUGGGUGAUGAGAAAGUUAUCAAUGUGUGGAGCGGCUGGACACACAUUGUCGCUCAAACAGAGAGUGGGAAAGUGUUCACAUGGGGCCGAGGUGAUUAUGGACAGCUGGGCCGACGAGCAUCAACCAGUCAGAACUCAAAGCUGCCAUCGACCGAUCCUUCAGGAGAGGGGGGGAACCAGGAAGCUCGCCUCCCUGCGGAGGUUAAAGUCCUCCGUGGAGCGACACAGGAGAUCGUUGCCAAUAAAGUGGAUGUCUGGGAGGGACAAGGGCAAGCUCUGGAUCAUUCCUCCACUGCGCUCAUGAUCCUUGCAGCAGCACUGGCAUGUGUCACGACGUUGUCACCUCGUGUGCGUGUACAGCUAAAGAUUGCAUGCGGAUCGGAACAUAACCUUGCCGUUGUAGACGGGCGCCUCCUCUCCUGGGGCUGGAACGAACAUGGGAUGUGUGGCGACGGUUCACAGAGCGACGUCUUUCAGCCACAGCUCGUUUCUGGUCUCAGCCCUCUUCUCAUUGGCUGUGGAGCUGGACACUCUAUGGCAACGUGCGCUGCGACAACUGACUCGAGACAAAACUCUGCAACGACUCCACCUCACUAACCCCGGGAACGUUUAUCCAUUAGGAGUCCAUCGGAGACGAGAAACACAGAAUGACUGAUUAUUCUAAGUGCCUUACACUAUCGGCUUCCAAUAGGCUACCUGAGCUCCUUGAAUAGAUUAGGCUUCAAACUGCUACUGUCCUAAUUGGUUGGUCGGAAAAAGGCUGAGUUACGUUACAUGUGGACAGAAGUCAUCAUUUCUCUGACCAGCCUGUCACUUUGAUGGACGCCAUUGGUGCCGAUGGCUUUGCCGGACCCGGCCUCGCCUGUAGCUCCCGGUCCACCGGCCCUGCUGGUCUUCCAGAAGGAAGCCGUUGUGGAUCAUGUGAGGAAUGGGCUCGACUGGUGCAGUAGCUCCAUCUUCCCAUGUCAGCAGUUUUAUUGCUGUGAUCUUGAGGGUCAGAAAGCAGUCAAUCUGUAGACUAAGAUUCUUACUGAAAAUCUCUCGGUCAUCUCAUGAUUUAACAUUUACACAAUUCCAAAGAGUGAAUUUUAGUUUGAUAACGGUCCAUCACUUGUUGAUGUUUCGUGUAAUAACUUAAUGAUGUUUGCCUCCUUUGCACCACUAUCAUACUGUAUCCUACUUGUUCCCUCUUGGGGGGAAUUUGUCCUCUGCAUUUGACCCAACAUACAUAUUUACAUGCUGUGGGCGACCGCAGUGCAGCACCCGGGAGUCUAACUGCCAGUGUUGUGGUCAACGGCAGGACUCGGAAUAUUGAUGCAAAGUAUUAACAUUUUUUUAUUUAAUUGUUUUUAUUGAAUUCUUAUUUAUACAAAUUCUAGAUAUAGAAAAGACAUCUGCGUUAAUAAAAGUGCAUGUGCUUAUACCUGGAUUAGUUUGAAAGAAUAAAUCAACACUCUUUGAAAAAUGAU